AUGAAUGACGGUACACUCGUCAUUCGUGGAGAGAAGGUUCCGUCGCAAAAUGUAGGCGGUGUUGGUUUUGUUGUGCACCCAUCUGUCGUCCAUCUUGUCGAUUCUCACGAGAUCCUGUCACCUCGUCUGGCCAUUCUUCGCCUCCGCCCUCUGCGCCAAAAAUCCAUCAGUAUCAUCAACUGCCACUCACCAACAUCAGCAGCUUAUGAAUCCGAAUUGGACGCGUUUUACGAGGAGCUGGAGGAAGUAGUCCGCAACGAGAAGUCCUUCUACAAAUUCGUUGUAGGAGACUUCAACGCAAAACUAGGAAAGGCCACAGAAGAGGAAUGCAGGAUUGGAGGAUUUGGACUAGGGGACCGGAAUGAAAAUGGCAAUCGUCUCGCCGGGCUGUUGUCCGCCGCUCGCCUCUUUCAUGGGAACUCUCUUUUCAUGAAAAAAGAUCAUCGUCGGUGGACAUGGGAAUCGCCCAAUCGACUCGCGCGGAGAUCGACCACAUAA